AUGGCGAACUUGGAUGUUGAAGACGAUUAUCCAGACACGGUCUUCACUCCGCCGCUGUCGUCUCGCUCCGGUAGCAGAAUGCGACCUAGACAGCCUCCCCAGGAAAAUUUGAAACAGUUCUGGGAGCAGUUCAACUCCAGGUUCCCAGGUAAAAUCUACACUGUUUUGCCGGACAACCCGUAUGCUCGUUCCAAGGCCGCGCGGAUCCCCAAGGGGGUCGUCAAGGCGCAGGGUGCGGGGAAAUCCUAUGAGCAAGCUAGCAAAGAAUGUUACCGGGCCGUCGACCGGAUCGCAAAAGAAUGCAGGCGUCUCAAUCAGCGAUAUUCCGAUCCACAUUUCGAUAUUGAGAUGGACCUCAAAAACGGGCCGCGGAACUGUUUGAACGGUCUUGACAACGAUAAUAUGUAUAUGCAUCCUAAGGGUGUGAAGAGAGUUACUGAGAUUUUUGAAAACCCUCAGUUCUAUGUUAAUGGGCCGACCGCUUCAGAUGUACGCCAAGGGCGUGACGGUGACUGUUGGUUCAUGGCUGCGCUUUGCACAAUGGGCAAUAAAGAGGAACUGAUAGACAAGAUCUGUGUUCACAGAGAUGAGCAGGUCGGGGUCUAUGGUUUUGUAUUCUACAGAGACGGCGACUGGCAGCAAUGUAUUGUGGAUGACAAGCUCUAUCUACGCGCUGCGGAUUACGACGAGUCUGUUGAUGAACGGCCCAUUUGGGACGACAUCAUCCGAAAGGACACCGAGGAGGAAUACCGCAAGGUUUUUCAAACCGGCUCGCGUGCGCUUUACUUCGCCCAAUGCGUGGACGAAAACGAGACCUGGCUUCCUUUACUGGAGAAGGCGUACGCCAAAGCGCAUGGUGACUAUUCAGCCAUCGAGGGUGGCUUCGUUGGCGAGGCGGUGGAAGAUUUGACUGGGGGAGUAACAUCUGAUAUCCUCACCAACAAUAUCUUAGACAAGGAUAGGUUCUGGAACGAGGAGCUCAUGCAGGUCAACAAGGAGUUCUUGUUUGGUUGCGGCACAGGCUUAUACUCGGAUUGGCUUACCCCGAACCAUCCCAGCCCUCCAAAGGACAGGAAGGGUAUUUCCGAAAAUCACUCCUACUCAAUCAUGGAUGUCAGGGAGAUUGACGGAGAGCGCUUGGUGAAGUUACGGAAUCCGUGGGGAAAGAAGGAAUGGAGUGGGCCCUGGAGCGAUGGGUCCGAGCAAUGGACUCCUCAGUGGAUGGAGAAACUUGACCACAAGUUCGGCAAUGAUGGUUUCUUCUGGAUAUCGUACGAUGACCUACUGAAGAGGUAUCAACACCUUGAUCGUACGCGUUUGUUUGGACCUGAAUGGACAAUUACGCAACAGUGGACCAGCCUGAACGUUCCCUGGUCCGCAGACUACCAUACUACCAAGUUCAAGUUGAACGUGACCAGGCCUGGUCCCGUUAUUCUCGUUUUAUCUCAGCUGGACACGCGCUAUUUUAAGGGCCUCAUCGGCGAAUAUAACUUUGUCCUGAAGUUCCGCCUCCAGCGAGAGGGAGAAAACGACUACAUUGUACGAAGUGUUAACAACUGCCUUAUUUCUCGGUCCACCAAUGCAGAAGUUGAUCUCGAACCUGGGGCCUAUCACAUUCUCAUGAAAAUCACGGCUUAUCGGCAACAUGAUGCUGUGUCCACGGAGUACGCAGUCAGAGAACUAGCACCUACGCGACGUGAGAAGCUAGUGCAAAUUGGCCUCUCAUAUGACCUAGCCCACGCCAAGGGUAUUGUCGUCGAAACUGAAGCGGAAAGGGAAGAACGUGAGGAGCACGAACGCCAGCGAAAAGCGGCUGAGCGAAAGAGACUGCGCGACGAGACAAAGAAGAGGCUGCAACGCGAGUGGAUUCGCGAACAAAAGAUCAUGGCUCGCAGAAUGAGAGCUGAGGAGCGACUGGCCGCAAAAGCAUCCAGACUCCAUAUAAACGGCAAGAACCCUGAGCUUGAGGCCGAACGUGUACUUGAGGACAGUCCGGUGGAGUCACCAUCAGACUUGAACGGUUACACAAACGGCGUUGACACCAGGCCGCAGAAGAAUGGCUCGGUCCCGAGCAUCAAAUUCGAUGAAACUCAUGCACUACCUACACCCAACUCUUCGCGCGAUACAUUCUCCAUGCAUACCAGUCGCCAUCGCUCAACGAACUCCAUUAGCCGUCAUCGCCGCCACACCCGCAACCGUGACUCCGAACUGCUAGAAGGAUUCGAGUUCGACUCGGAUAUCGACAUGCCUCCUGAGGAUCCAGUGGCAAGAGCUCCCAGUACGCAGACAUCGUUCUGCGAUGCUCUCGCCUCCCAAACUGACCCGUGGAAUGCGGUCUGUGUGGUUGGGAUGCGCGUGUACUCAAAAGACGAGAUGCUGUCACUUGAGGUCGUCCGUCCUGUUCCGGAUUUUGAGCCCGAGGCAGCGCUUGACAUGGAUGAUCCAGCACCUGCGAAUGUGGCCUCUGCGAAUGUGAUUAUUCGACUUCCUCAAGGGCCACUCUUCCAGAGCUUGCCGAGAGCCGAAACUGGGAAUGUUUCAUCUGUCUCUGCGCUGAAUGAUGGAUCUGAGAAUGUUUCCUCCAACCAUACGGCAGACGACACUGUUGCCGCGCGGGUGCUGGCGGACGUCACGUCUUCUACGGUGGUUACCAUCGAUUACCGUCUAGGUGAAAUACCAUAUGACGAGGACCAAGUCCCGCUACAAUUAAGAGUCGGCAGUGAUACACAACCAAAGAAUUUAUAUUACCGCUACCCGACACCAGUUCAUGAUACGUUAGCUGGAUUCGACUGGGUCAUGCAAAACCUCCAACCAAAACGCCUCGGUCUAUUCGGUACGCAUAUCGGGGGCUCUCUAGCCCUGAUGCUAGCACUCUCGGAACCCCGAUCUGUUCAUGCAAUGGCAGCCCUAGACCCUGUUUGCGAUUGGACUUCCCUAGACGAGUAUUGUACCGCGUCUCGUGCCACCCCCAGGCGACGUCGGGUGCCAAAAGAUCUGGUUCCCCUGCUGGAAGCCCGGGAGAGGCUUUUCGCCACACAAGAAAGAUACUUUGAUUCGUUUGCGUCACCGAUUCUAUUCCUCCGCUCGGCAGGCAAGUAUGUGCCAAAGGUGUUUCCGAAAUACCUCACCGGCCCCGAACAUCCUAUCCCUGUACGGGUGUCAAACGAGCCCGACGAAGAACCCGGCGAUUUAUGGGAUGCCUAUAUCCCGGAUGAUCACCUCUAUGAUGAACUAGGCGCUUUGAACAUUCAGCACCCAAAUCACGAUAAUAACCAUCUAGUUCGCCGCCGCAAAGCCCUCUCCCGGUGGCCUCCGUACGGGCUGGAUUAUGGCUCCAGUGGACCGCCUGGCAGAUACAGUCGCCAACCUAUCGAGCGCCUCGAAGUUUCCUUGCCCUGGGUCCGCCUCUUUACCCAUAAACAUUCAAAACAGGGCACAAACGAGUCUAUGGUCUCAGUAUCGCAGAGCGAACCCGCUGAUCACCCCGAACAUAAACUGCCGAAACGCAGAAGAAAUCAAAAUACCACAGUACUCUCCAAUCAGGCUGCUGAUAUGGUAGACGUGAUGCGCCGGGCGUGCUUCUGGGGGAGGGAAAGUGGGUACGGCAAAGAUCGAGUCACCCUUUCCUCUAUCUCUAUUCCAGAGGAAUCUGAAAAGUCAAGUAUCGGGCUCGGGUCAGACUCUAACGAAAUACUCUCGCACGCCGGUAAAUGGUUCGCGGAAACUCUCGAUUCAAAUUCAGAUAACACUUCUUGA